AUGCUGUCCGACCCUGCGUACGAACGCCCGGACUUCAGCGACGCUCUCCCCCUUGCCCCUUGCCCCAUCUCUAAACUCCCGGACGAGUUGUUGACCGGCGUCCUGGCUUGCCUCGAUGACGACUUGAACGACGCGGUGUAUGAGUACGACGAGCGCGACGCGUCGGAGGCAGACCAUUUCGUCCGUACCAAUGUUCGCGAAGUCUGCGUCCGUUUCAACCAGGCGGUUCUUCGGAGCGCCAUUCUGUGGCACCGCCUGCCUGCGUACGGCGAGCGACGUGCCGAUGACAUGAACAGACACCUCGCGCGCUUCCCGGAAUCUUCCCUGGACGUCCGCGCUCGCUAUCACUCUGGCGAGUGCACUCUGGAGCGAGCAAAGGACCUGACCUCCUUUUUUGAACAAUUGUCCCGUCCGAACGUCAAGGCUCGUCUUCGUCGCCUGCACGUCACGCUGGUGGUCGAGGACGGACCAGCGACGAGAAGGUUGAAGGCCGCCUGGUCGGGGCUGCUUUGCGGGGAGCCCAUGAGCAAUCUCGCCGCCCUGACGGUGGUCGGUACGUUGCCCACCGACGUUCGUCAGCAAUGUCGCAUGCCGUCGCUGAAACAUCUCUCCGCUCGUCGCUUCCCUUCCGUGGGCUCGGUCUUGAACGCUCUCCAGUUCCAGGACCUCGCUCGCCUGUCCCUGUCCCUGUUACCCAAUUGGAACGAUCUGGACCUCCUGACAACCCUGCAAGCCAUGUCCGCUCUUCGACAUCUCACCCUCGACUGCGCUGCCCGUUUGCUAGGGAGGGCACUGGACGCUGCCGAAGGAGCCGAUAACCGCGUGAUUCAGCUCAUCCAGCUCGCGCGCCUCGAGCUUCGCGCUCCCGCCACUACCGUCCACCGUAUUCUUAAUCUUCUGGUCGCCCCGGAGCUCGUGGAAGUUGUGCUCGAGGUCACCUGCCAGGGGGCCGCGCCGCAUGCCAGCGCCGAGGCCCAGUCAUGCUAUCAGGCUAUGCUAGACAUGCUAUCAUCUGUCCUGUCGAGACGACGACGACGACGAGGGUCGCCCGAGCUGGCCCAGAUUGGCUCGCUGACCCUAAGACCUCGCGGCUUGGAGAUCCGCCCAGGACCGACAUACCCGGCUGCCCAUUCCGAAGCCCUGCUAUGCGGCAUCGCCUGUGGCUCCGGCAAUCCGGGCAUAUGCCGGUCGGGAUGUAAGCUCGCGCUCGUAGACUUACUCCUGUCCGCCGGCACCGUUUGCGCCAUGAUCCCCGGACUGUCGUCGUUGAUAUUCGAUCUGAAUCCCACCGUUCACGACAUAGAAGCCUGGGUCCGUUCACUAUCCCGCGUGGAGAGCGUCCGCCUGCUCGUCCUCCCAAUGCGCAGUGGUCGCUCAUACGUCGAAUUGCUUAACAAGAUGCGUUUCCACGACGCCCUUCCGCAUCUGGAGACGAUCGCCUUCGAAGGGAGGGCGCCCGCCAGACUAGAGGCCGAAGCGGCGCGCAACUUGCUCCUGCGUUCAAACGCACUCUCGGAUGCGCCACAUAUAGCGUGGUUCCGAAUGGAUCGAUGGGAUUCAGAAGGCACCGGUUCUCGCUUGGUACCAAUACCCACGGGCGUUGAGGCCCGAGUGGGGAGAUUGUCUCGCGAUAUGAUCACCUUGUCGGUGAUUAAGUCCUGA